CAUUGGAUUGAUGUCAAUGUAGGUGACAAUUUCAUAAAAUCUGCUAUGGAGACGGGUGUGACGCUUGAUGACUAUGGUCCAUCAAUGAGAGAAAUGAGGCAGCCAUUUGUGAAAGCAUCAUUUAAUGCAGGUGGAGAGGAAGUAAGGAAGAAAGCACAUUCAAAGUCAGCAACCAAUGAAAAACAGAAGAAAGAUGUUGAUGAUGGUUUAGAUGCUGUUCUAGAGGAACAAGAAGCUGAAAUUAAAGCACUUGAAGAAGAAUUGGCUGCAUUGAAGAUUGGGUUGGUUGAGGAGAAAGAAGAAUAUUAUGGUGGUUACAGUACCCCAUGUAACCAAAAUGAGAAUAUUAACAACUAUGGACGUGAGGGAGAUGAUUACAACAAUGAAACUGUUAUGAAGCAUUAUAUGCAUCGAAAGCGGUUCAAAAGUGUUGUUUGUAAAACUCCGUACACCGGAUACAGUCCCAAACUUUAAUUAUGGAUUGUUUAAUUAGUGCAUCAUAUUGUAUUACUUUAAUUAUGGAUAUUUGUAUUUGAAACAGAGAU